UAAACUCCACGGUCCGGCCGGGCAACCACAACGAGUCGGUCGAGAUUGCCGUUUGGAUCCAAUUGAAUAUUUCGCUGUUAUCGUGUGCACCUCCCCCCCAAAGUCCUAGUAGUGGUCACCGCACCGGUAAAAACGCUGAAAGGGUUACACUAGAGGACCACGACGAUAGCAACGCCGAAAUAGCAAUACACAAUCCGAACGCUUCAAAAUGAACUUCGCCGUUUUGUUGUUAGUGGCGUUAACCACCCUAGUGGCCGAUAUUUCCACUGCCGCGUACCAGGCCUAUCCACUGGGGCCCGUCACCAAUCAGUACCAUGCACAAGACGAACUGGGCCAGUACUCGUACGGUUACUCGGGCGAUCUGUCCUCGAAGCACGAACAGCGGACGGCCGACGGCAUUACUCGCGGCCAAUACUCGUACGUAGACGCCAACGGGUUGAUUCAGUCCGUGGCUUACGUAUCCGAUCCGGUCAACGGUUUCCGGGCGUCCGGCACCAACUUCCCCGUGGACACCAACGCCGCUCCCGUGCCCGUUGUGGCCGCUCAUUCCGUCGCCGUGCCAGUCGCCCAGCCUGCCGACCAACUUCCCACCGUGGUCGAAGCCCGUCAUCUGGCCACCGCCCCGGUCGCCCAUUACUCUCAAGCACUCACGCCGGCGGGCACUGCCAAAUUGAGUUACGCGAUGCCGCACGCCGCCGUGCUGUUCAGCCGCAAGAGACGCAGCUUGAACUAUCUGUACUCGCCGGCUCCAGCUCCUGUCGUCAAGCACGUGGCACCCGUUGUCCACGCCGUCCCGUCGUACGGCGCCACUUCUUACACUAGCGUAGUCAGACACGAUCCCGUUGUCAAGUACGCCGCCGCAUAUCCGGUACCCGUCGUCCAGUACGCCACCGCUUAUCCCUCGCCUUCCGUCAACUACGCGGCUGCUUAUCCCUCGCCCUACGUUAGUUACGCCCCCGCGCCAUUGCCGGCCGUUGCCGCCGUCAAGUCGCAGUACCACGCUCAAGACGAACUCGGCCAGUACGCGUACGGUUACACGGACGGCGAAUCGGCCAAAAUCGAAUCCAGAUCGGCUGACGGCGAGACCAAGGGAAGCUAUUCGUACGUGGACGAUCACGGCCACGUGCAGUCCGUCCACUACACGGCGGGCCACGAAGGAUUCAAAGCCGUCGGCACCAACAUUCCUGUCCACCACGUUUGAUUCUGCGCGCACACUACCAAAACCACUGACGAAAGCGGCAGCCCAAGAUUCGUCUACCAAUGGCUUUUUUCAAAAUGUAAUUUAACUUCUUUGCUUUCUAUCCAAUAAACAGUUUUUUAUAACAAAA